AUGAUGGAAAAUAAAUACCCAAAUGAAUUAUUCUGUUAUAUAAAUAGAUAUAAUAUAAACGAAAUAAUAGAAAAUGGAGAAGAGAAGUAUGUAAAUGAAUAUGAUGAAGAUAAGAAUAUGUCAAUAAAUCAUAUGAAUGAAAACGAUGGUAUAUGUGAAUAUGAAAUACCAUUUUUAUUAGACUAUGUGGAUGAUAGUAAUAAAGAAGAUUCAGAGAAAAAUUCAUUAAAGAGUUAUCUCGAUGAUGGUGCAUCCACUAUCCUUUCAAAACCAGAUGAACUGGAAAAUUAUAAUAAACAAAAUGAAAAUGAAUUUGACGAAAAUAAUAAUAAUAAAAAUAAUAAAAUUGACCAAUUGAAGGAAAAAAUAAAUAUUAUAAUAAUACCAAAUAAAGGUGUUAUAAACAAUUUUGAAGAGAUAUUAAGCAUGGCAAAUCGUAAUGAUAAAAAUAUAGAGAAAAAGUUGAAUGAUAGAUUUUAUCAAAUAUGUUGUAAAAGUAUAGCUGAUAUAAACACACACAAUUUAAAUAAAAUUAAAGAUUUGAAAAAAAAAAAAAAUAAUAAAGGAUCCUUAAAUAUUGAACAUAUAGAUUAUGGAGAUAUUUUUCUUACUAUACAUGAUACAUUAAAAAGUAAUAAUAAAAUAAAAGGAAACAAUAAAACUAACUUAUUACACGAUUCUUCUUAUGAAAUAAAAAAGAAAACAAGAAGAGGAACAAAUAUAUAUAAAAAUCCAUUUCAUCAUAGAGGUUCCUAUUUAACUUCGUAUGAAAAUCAAAAGGAUAUCAUUUACCUUAAUAAUUUAAACAACAUUAUGAUGGAUAAAUAUAGUAAUUGUAGUGAUUCACGAAAAAAGGAAUAUUCGCAUUUCAAUUCGCAGGAGUUUUCAUAUGAUAAAUAUAGUAUGAAAGACAGAAUGUUUCUCAAAAAUUUGUAUAUGAAACAAAAUAGAUUAAGAGAUAAAAGGGGGAAAUAUCACAAAUUGGGAGAUUAUCAAAAUAUUGAAAACUAUCGUAAAACGGGUGAACAUAGUUUUGAUUGUAUGAAUAUGUCAGAUAUUAUGCAUUCAAAUAAAAUGAGCCAUGUUAAUAUCAUGGAUCAUAUGAUAUAUAAAGAUAAUAACAAUAUGAGCAAACUAGUAGAUACAAUAAAUUCUCGUGAAAAGGAUGUAAAAAAUUAUGACGAUAACUUUGAAAGCUAUAAUAAUUUUUUUAAGAAUAAUAAUGAUGAACAACAUAUAUGUUUGGAGUAUGACGAUACAUAUAACUUAAAAGAUACAGUUAAAAAUAUUAUUGUUGAAGAAGAACAAUGUGGUAAGGGUGUUGCUUGUAUAUGUGAUAAGAACGAAGAUGUUGACGAUUUGUUUGUUUCAAAGAAAACGAAUUAUUCUUCUAAUAAAAAAAGAGAAGAUUAUGAGAAAGUAUUUCUUGAAGAUAAUUUACAUUUAAAACAAACUCCAUCAAAAAGAACAAAAAUUAAUAUAAUCCCAGAUUAUUAUGAUAACAAUAGAAGUAAUAAGAGUUAUAAGGAAAAUGAAGAGGAUGCUUUGUUUGAGGUAUGUGGUAGUUUAAAAAACGAUGAUAUAUUGUAUAAAGAUAAUAAGUUGAAUGUCAUAAAUGAAGAUAAUAUAAAGGAAGAGGAUGACAAAGAAAGUGUUGUUCAUUUAGAUAAUGAUGAGGAUAAAAAAGAAGAAAUGUAUAAAGAUGUAUAUCCCAAUGUAUUGUCUUGUGAAAAAGAAACGAUUAGGAGGAAUGAAAAGUAUAACAAAUCAUUGAACAGUACAAGUAGCUUUGAAAAAAUUGAUAAUCCAAGUGAAAUUAAUGUUGAAAGUAAGGAAGAUACAGAAUAUUUUGAUUUAUUAAUAAAAAAAUAUGAGGAUACAAAAAUAAACGUAUAUGAUAAUGAAUCUCUUUUAUUGGAUCUUAGUAAUGAGCUACGUGAAGAAAUGGCCAAGGGGGAUUCUAAUAAAAAUGUAAAUAAAGUGGAAGAUAAUGAUAAUAAAAAGGAAAAUAUUUGUCAUGAUAAUAUCAUGGAAGAUAUUUGUCAUAAUAAUAACGUGGAAGAUAUGUAUCGUAAUAAUAACGUGGAAGAUAUGUAUCGUAAUAAUAACGUGGAAGAUAUGUAUCGUAAUAAUAACGUGGAAGAUAUGUAUCGUAAUAAUAACGUGGAAGAUGUUUGUCAUAAUAAUAACGUGGAAGAUGUUUGUCAUAAUAAUAACGUGGAAGAUGUUUGUCAUAAUAAUAACGUGGAAGAUGUUUAUCAUAAUAAUAACGUGGAAGAUAUGUAUCAUGAUAAUAACAUUGAAGAUGUUUGUCAUAAUAAUAACGUGGAAGAUGUUUGUCAUAAUAAUAACGUGGAAGACCAUGUUAAUUAUGAUAAUGAAGAAUUGAAUAAAAAAAUGGAUGAGAUGAAAGAAGAAAAGGAAGAAAGAAACGAGGAUAGAGGAAUAUACGAUGAAUUAUUAGAAAAUGAUAUGUGUGAUUUAUACAAUUUAAAAAUGCAUGAUUUGCAUAAUUUAAAAUCCUAUGAUUUUGGAUUAUCUAAAGAUUUAUUAAAAAAGGAUAUUUUUAUAUAUAGUAAUAAUUUGAAAAAUGAUGAUAUGGAUGAUGAUGAUAAUAAUAAUAUGAAUGAUAUUGCUAUAGGUGAAAAUGUAAUAUAUGAAAAUGAUAUACAUGAAAAUAAUAUAGAUGAUAAUGAUAUGUAUAAUAAUUACGUGAAUGGAAAUGAUUUAUAUAUUAACAAUAUGCAGGAUGAUGCCAUGGACGAUAUUGUAUAUGAUGAGGAAGAAAUUAAAAGCUUCCUAGAUAAAUUAAAAUCUGAUAUAUCAAAUCAAAUGAAUGUAAAAAAUGGAAAUGUCGAAGUUACAGGAAAUGGUGGUAAUGAAGAAAUGUCUUAUAUAAAUAAUGAUGAAAAUUUACAAGCUUUUGAUUUGUUAGAUAAUUUCCAUAUGGAUGAUUAUGGUAAUAAUUAUAAUGAUAAUGAAGAAGAUGGGGAUGGGGAUGGGGAUGACGAUGAACAGAAGAAAAGAAAACAAAAAGAGUUACAUAAUGUAAAUGGAAAAUUAAACUUAUCAGAUUUAAAUGAAUUAAAUGUAGAUGAUAUAAAUAAUAAUUUCUAUAUGUCAACUCCUCGAAAAUCUAUAGAUGAACGUAAAGAUACGGAAUGUCAAACAGAUUUUCCAUUAUUAGAUGUAUCAAGGAAUACUAAUAGGACUCCUAGAAGAAAAAGUGUGGAAGUAAUACUUGUAGAAAAAAAAUUAAAAAAAAAAAAACAGAAAUGUAUGGAUAAAUAUACAGAUGCAAAUGAGGAUAGUAAUAGAAGAUAUCCCAAAAGAAAUCGAAUUAAAACUUUGCGUUAUUGGAUAGGAGAAAGAGAGUUAACUGAAAGAAACCCUUACACAGGAGAAAUAGAUGUUGUAGGAUUUAGUGAGUGUAAAAAUUUGCAAGAUUUGUCACCUCAUAUUAUUGGUCCGAUUGAAUAUAAAAAAAUAUAUUUGAAAAAUCUUAAUAGUAAUGAACAUGAGGAAAAUGAAGAUAAUAAUGGAGACAUUAUUGAAAAUAAUAAUGGGGACGUUAUUGAAAAUAAUAAUGGAGACAUUAUUGAAGAUAAUAAUGCAAACGAAAAAAAUCAUAAUAAUCUUGAAUCUGAAGGUAAGGGUAUCGUAUAUGAUGAUGUAAAUAAUUUACAUGUUCACACAAACAGUGAUAAUAGUGCUCAUUCGAAGAAAAUAAAGGGAGCCCCCAGUAGGUUUAGUAAUACAAAUAAUGGAAGGAAGAAACGAAGAAGGAGAAAAUUCAUCAAUGUAGUUAAUUAUAUAAAGAAGAAGAAAAAGAAGAAACUGAUAAAAAGUAUGGAUAAUAUGGAGGUUACAGAUAAUUUUAAGAAUGAUAUGAGUGAUGAAAAUAAACAAAGUGGUGAUGAAAAUAAACAAAGUGGUGAUGAAAAUAAACAAAGUGGUGAUGAAAAUAAACAAAGUGGUGAUGAAAAUAAACAAACUAAUAAUGAUAUUAAACAGAGUGAUAAUGAUAUUAAACAGAGUGAUGAUAUUUACAUGAAUGAAGAUAUGAAUUUGUUCAAUGAUUUAAAUGAUAACUUCGAUAACAAUGAAUAUUUCAUAAACAAUGGUGAUAAGGAUUCUCAUGCUGAAGAAGAAAUGGCCAUAGAAAAUAUUCAAAGUAAAAGUAUAGAAAAGGAUAUUUUAAAUAAUGAAGAGCAGGAUAAUAAUAACAUCUUUGAUAUUGAUAAUGAACUUAUAGAUAUGAAGGAUGGAAAUGUAGAUGAAAUGGAAAGUGAUGAAAAAUUAAAAACUUUUGAAAAAUUGGAAAGUUUGAAAAGUACAACACAUUUAAACAAUACCGAUAAUUGUGAUGUAAAUUUGAGUGAACAGACCAAUGAAAUAAAUUAUGAUGAGGAAAAAAAAGUUAAUAAAAAAACAAAUCAUGAAAAAAUGAAGAAGAAGAAGAAGAAAAAAAAAAAAAAAAAGAAAAAGAAGAAGAAAGAAAAAAAACAAAUAGAUAUUAUGUACAAAAAUUUGUCCAGACUUAAUUUAAAUUUGUUACUUCCAACCAAAAAAAAAGUUAAGAAAUCGAAAAACUCAUUUAAAAAAGAGGAAGAAAAACAAAAGAAGAAAAAUAAAAAAGUUAAAAAAAUCAAAGGUAUUAACAAGGGGGAAAAAAUAAAAAGUAAUAAGAAAGAAAAUAAGGACAAUAAUAAUGAUAGUAGUACAGAAUGUGUUGUAGAAGGAGAAAAAGGAAAAGAUUUACAUGAGUUUAAUAAAAAUGGAAAUCUUGAAGAUGAACAAAUGGAUGUUGAUAUUUCUAUGAAUAUUUCAAGUAUAAAUUGUGAAAGUGAUAAUAAAAAUGUGAGUAAGGAAGGAGAGGAAGAAAAAAAAGACAUAGCUGAAAACAAAGAAGAGGUGGAUAAAAACAAAGAAGAGGUAUAUAUGGACAAACAUGAGAUGGAUUUGAACAAUGAAGAGGUAUAUAUGGACAAAAAUGAGAUGGAUUUGAACAAUGAAGAGGUAUAUAUGGACAAACAUGAGAUGGAUUUGAACAAUGAAGAGGUAUAUAUGGACAAACAUGAAAUGGAUUUGAACAAUGAAGAGGUAUAUAUGGACAAACAUGAAAUGGAUUUGAACAAAGAAGAGGUAUAUAUGGACAAACAUGAGAUGGAUUUGAACAAUGAAGAGGUAGAUAAAGAAAACGAAUAUGAUGAAAAUAUACUUAGUGAUAACAUAAUAUAUAAUGAAAACAAUUCAUUUGGAAACAAUAAGAACUCUUUUUUUAAUAAUACAAGUCCAUUAAAAACAGAAAUAAUAAAUGAAGAGGAAAAUAGUUUGAACGAAAUGAAAGAAGACAUAAAUGAAUACGUUGAAAUGGAAAACAAGUUGGAUACGGAAAAAAUAAAAGAUUCAGAAAAAAUAGGUGGAAAAAUAGAGGUAGAUAAUAAAAUGAUUUCUCCUAUUAAUAGACAUAAUUUUUAUUUAACAAUUCUUGAAGGAAUGAAUAAGAAUUUUCCUAGGCAAUGGAAUAAAAAUAAUAUAACUUUAUCAAAAAAUCAAGGACAAAUUUAUAAAGGAAGGAAAGAAAAGAAAAGAAAACGUUCCUAUAGAAAUGAUGAAAAAUUACUUGAUCAUAGUAUAUUAAAUGAUAUCAAUAUAAGUGACAAAAUGGAUGAAAGAAAUGAAUUAUUAGAGAGUAUAAAAUCUAAUAGUACUAUAAAUAAUGUAUUAGAAAUUAUAAAAUAUGAUAAUAGGAAAAAAAUAAAGAAGAAUGAUACAAACAAGGAAAUAAUCAAAUAUGAUAACUUCACAUCUAAAUAUAAUAAUAAAAGUAAUGAUAUUCAAUUGAAUGGUGGAAUAUAUAUAAAUAAAUUCAAACUUUCUUUAGAUAUGCCUAUAAAUAAAUUAGCGGUAUCUUCAAAUCUUGGACCUCCAUCAUCUAUAGGAUCAACAGAAAUACAGCCUAUUCAAAAGAAUUUCAACGAUUUCAAAAUGAAUAUUAACGUGUACUGUAUUAGGAUGGAGCCGCAUGAAAAAUACAGCUCAUAUAGCCAUAAAAAUAAUUUAGUUGUAUAUAUUGAUAAGGGAGAAAAAAUUAACAUAAUAAUCAACAUGUCAAAGACUUAUGAAAAAGGUGAUUUUUUUUACAUACCUAGAUUUUCUAACUUCCAAAUAAUUAAUGAUAGCAGAUGUGAUUGUGUUUUAUAUGUUUGUCCUUUAAUUUAA